UUUGGAGACGACACUUUCAAAAGCCGCAUUCACUCUUGAACCUCUGACGAUGGAGCCUCCGCCGGCUAAGAAGCGGCGUCAUCGCUUCCAGAAGGUCGAGGAGCGCGUGAGCAACUUGCAGCAUGAACUCACACUGCACGCCAAGACGACAUGCGCCGUGGACGAGUCAUCGCAGCUCUCGUUCAAGGAGGAACUAGGUCUGCAGGCGGAGCUCACGACGCUCGACAGUUUCCAGCUCCUGUUCCGCGCGCUGCAGCCGCUAGUGACCACCACUCCGCAGCUGCUGCAUCACCUUAAGAAGGUGGUCAAGCGUCUUCAAAAAGAGCUGAAAGAGGCGCGCGAUGACACUCAAGACCACGUCGUACAGCGCCAGCGCCUCGUGCCUGUGCUCAAGCUCGUCACCGCGCUGGCGAGAGAGCUCGGCAAGGAGUUUUAUCCCCAUUUCGCGGGCACAUUGCCACUUGUCGUAGCUGUUAUUGACACAAAGGAUCCAGAGCUCAGUACGCAAGUAUUUAAAACACUUACGAUGCUGUUUAGUUACCUCAGAGUGCAGCUAUUGGCUGACAUGGAGGCUGUGCACAAGUGCUACUUCCCGUUACUUGGCCAUCCAAGGGAAUUCGUCCGCAAUUUUGCAGCUCAGACGCUGGCUGUGUUACUAAGACGACUGGAGUCGCCCAAGGCUAUGAGGAAGUACUUGCGCGCCUAUUUAACGGCAUUGGUGAAGGGCUCUGGACGUAGUAAUGAAAUCCUGAGGGACGGAUCGGCUAAAUUGUUCUUUGCACUGGUGAAAAACGUGAACCAUGGCUUCCACUCGCGGAUGCGCGAGGUCCUGCUGUUUCUAUUGGGCUCGUUCCGCCCAAAGGAGGAAGAAAAAGAGACGCAGGAGUAUCUGGAGCAACAGGAAGCAGUGUUUGAGAUCGUGUACCAGACCUGCGGACUCAUGAUGAAGCACACGGAUGCAGACCACUCGGGCGAGAUGCUCGAGUGCUUAGUGUUGGUGGUCAACAAGGUGACGAAAAUUCGACAUGAGAAGGAGGAAGCUCCCACGGAAGCGGACGAUUUGUACUUGAGUCGUGUGCUUCGUGUUCUGCGUGGGUUCUUGACUUCGCGAAUCGGAAGGCUGGUUACAGGAGCGAGUGAUGCCUACGAAGUGCGUGUGCCCAGUGUACACAAGGUCUGUGCAACACUGGUGUCGCCUGAAAACAAGGUGCUUGUCUCCCAGAGCACUGCUCUGUGUGAUGCGCUCAUGAAGACGUUUGAACCGGUUUGGCGGCUAUUCCCCGCUGAAGAUGAUGUCAUGUCCGCACAGAUGAAGGCCAUUUUUGCUGCGGCUGCAAGCAAUGAUGAGCAGGAGUACUGGCGUACCAAGAUUCUCGAGUUCGUGAACAAGGAACUGCGUAAUACUCAUAUUGACGUGAGUUUCGUGCUCGAAUUUGUGCUGCCCAACGCUAUGGAGUUCGCGCUGAAGACUCUUAUCAAGACUGAUGUGGCUACGUUUAGCUCGUUGCUAUACCAACUGGGUGACUACGUUGCAGACAAGGCAGGAGAAAUAAAUGAAGACCAGAGCGCGUAUAUAGUUCGCUCGAAGGCGGAUAGUCCGUACUGGCUGCUGUCGCUUGGUGAAAUUGAUGCCAACGCUGAGAAGACGCUGUUCGACACUGGUCGGAAGCUGUUUAAGGAGAGCGAAAAGAACAAAGACACGGAGAGUUUGGCUGUGUGCUGGAAGUUUUGCAAGGUCUUGCAGCUUCUGCGCUUGAAUGAUGCCAAACUGAUUAGUUUUACUACACCCCUCAUCACAAAGUGCGACGAGAGGUUGAAGGACGAAUCCUCUGCGUGUACUACUCAAGUUGCGGCUCUGCGUGCUGAGCUGUGGCAGCUGCAGCAGUUUGCCAAGCACCAGAAGAGCAAAAGCUCGACGAUCACAACGAAGUAUGUGGAGCAGGCAUUGCUGGGAAAAGAAGCUUCGUUCAAGACCUUGUCAACACUGUUGAUGCUGAUCGAUACGGAACCGGAGGAGAAGCAACACGCAGUUCUAACGGUCGAUUCAUUAUCGCGUGUAGCAAAGUCUCUGCUACCUACACUGCGAUCACCCGCGCAUGAGCUACGCUUGGUGGCACUACAGUUACUGGCUCGGUUCAAGCGCUUGAACUUCCUAGAUUCCGACAACGGAUUGCUGACCGGUCUGUGCGAUCUACCGGAUGUUUGUGUGAACCUUGAGCUCUCCUGCAAGAAAAUUUCUGUUGCCACUGAGCGUGAGGUGGUGCGUCUGCUAACGCGUGUGAAGAUCCUGUGCCGCUCGCCGCAGACUCCUGAGCUGUACAAGAAAAUUGCUGUGAACCAGUUGCUCGGUCUGUACCACGUCAAGUUUUCCACGAUCUGGACACACAUCGCCGACGCAGUGGAGACUGCUGUUCGGCUGCACUUUAACGAGUUUUGGCCUUGCAUUAGUGCUGAGCUUUUGAAGGCUUUACUCCGACAUGAAGAUGCUAAUGAAAAGCAGGAUAGCGACUCAAGUACGAGCGAUGUCGUCGCGGAGUUUGAGCGUGUGUGCAUGCUGGAACAGGGGAAAGUGCCUGCCUCACAAGCUACAGACGCAGCUACUCACCAUUCGCUGUUGUGGAAGGGCCUCUUGAAGUUCACUGACCUGGUCGAAGCCAAGACGAAGUUCAUGGUGCCGCUCUUUCUCACGUUCUUACGCGACCAGUACAGCUCGAUUUACACGGAUGAGUUGGACGCCAAACGCCUCGAAGAAAUCGACCAGGCCCUUGCUAAACUUGAAGAAACCAACAGCAAAGACGAAUCUCCUGACUGGCGCAAACCUGUUGAGUUCCAAGGCCUGACAACGAAGGAAGUGCGUGGCAAAUUUGUGGAUCAAUUGAAGCUGUUCGCUGCCUUCCGCAAUAUGAAGGGGGCGUAUGCGCAGCAGCUGCUACAUGCACUCUUCUUCGAUCUGCUAAUGAAGUCGGACGAGGUGAUCUCGAAGUUGGCAUUGCAGUGUCUGUACGCCUUCGGUAGCAAGGCUAUUGUUUCGUAUAAGACGCAGCUGAAUCGACUGACGGACUCUGCUUCAUUCCGCGAAGAACUCGCGAGCUUUAAGAUUGGAGAAGGAGAAGGUGUCGUGCUGCGUGAACACCGUCAGGAGCUGUUGCCUGUGCUGCUGCGACUGCUGUACUCCAAGUGUGUCAGUAAGAAAGGGCGUAACAACGGUGAUACAGUGGCCGCUCGACGUUCUGCUGUUCUAGCGUACUUGGCUGCGUUGGAGGCGCCUGAACUUGCCAGCUUCGUGGAACUGGUGGUGCGCGCAUUUGAUGUCACGAUCGAAGCUCCCGAGACUUCUACUCCAGGUGCACUUGUCACCGCCGAAGCGGUGACGCCUGUAGUAGCCGUUUCCACCGUGCAACCCUCACGUAUCUUGGGUUUCUUGAAUCUCCUGGAGGAUCUGAUCGACCAACUUGGAGUUAAGCUGGCUGCAUUCGUUCCUCGAAUUGCUGAUGUGCUGCUGGCUAUUCUCCAGAUCAGCAUUGUAUCAAGUGAAGAUGACGAUAUGGAUGGCUCAGCCGAAGCCGAGGAAGAGGAUACGACGGUCGCGGUUGGUUCGAAGCGUAAGGCUGAUGAGCCUUCGUCGACCGUGGACACGCUGGUGACUUCUGCGUCGAUGAAGAAGCAGAUUCGCAUGUUGACCUACCGCCGACUUGCGGAGAUGAUUGACAUGUUUGACACCCUCGUGCAUCUUGAACCGUGGGUAGUUGCAGUGCUGGACACCUCUCGCGAAGCGGUCACGCACUUGCCUAGUGCUGUGGUCGGCGCAGGCAAGGCAUCAGCACUUCUGGAGCUACUUGUGGCAAUGGGUCGUGCUGAUCGAGCGCGUCAGUGGAUCCCGGAGCCUCUGGUGCUCAACGUCAUCUCGUGCUUGUCUGCUGGGCUCACGUCGUCCAGCGCAACGUCUUCAGCUACUCGUGGCAUUUCACCUGAAAUCCUGGACUCGAUUCUGCAGUUCAUGGAUUCACUACUCGACGGAGAUGAAGGUUUGUUGUCUGAAGACCAAGACGAGACUAUGACCGCCUCCAAGCAGGAUAAACUGCUGAUACCUCAGAUCCCUUUUGUCUUGGAGCAGUUUGUCCAGCGUUUCCAAGCUAAGGCGGCACGAUACGCGAGCGACCGGUACGCAGGAUCGUCACGGAAGGAACUUACCUUCCUCUGCCGUCUGUCGCAUCACUUGGAAGCCUCCGAGGGAGACAUUGCCGUCGCUGCGCAUGAUUUGUUCCAGUUGUUGCUACCGUUCUUGCUGCGCAACCACCAGACAUCGCCGAAGGACAAGGAGAACUUGUUGGAGGUAUUGGCGCACAUGGUGCCCAAGCUGUCGGAGCCAAAGAAGCAUGUGCUUGCCCUUGCGCGCCUGUUAGCCCCAGGAGCGAACUGCAUCGCUGAUCGUGAUCCUCGUCUCAAACUGGUGGCGGUGUUUACAGCGCUUGGUGCGCACUCAGCGCUUAAGGAGCUGGCUCCGGUGGCGGAGUUGCUGGUUGAGCUCAACGCGUAUGAUGCCAAGCGGAUUGAGGAGACGGACUAUGAACGCCGUCUUAUUGCGCUGAAUCGCUUGAACUCGUCACGUUUUGCUGACUUUACGCACGAGACGCACUUGUUAGCACCCCUUGUGGCGCAGUGUCUGCAAUCUAUGCAUGACACGGAGUUUGCAGUGCGUAGCGGUGCACUUGUUGCACUUUCGACUUUCCUGGAACUAGCCGCAGAGGUCGCAGUGGAGCAAAAUACGCGUGAAGACGCUGUCAAGUGUCCCGUGCUUAAUGCGCUGGAGUCGCUAGUCAUGCCUUGCGUAAGAUCAAGUUUGCGCUCGACGGAUGAGAACACUCGACGUGGCUUUGUGACGUUGUUGGGAUCGCUAGCGGACCAGCACAAGGCGUUCAAGCAGUUUGCAUUCGUCCCAGCUGAUCUGAUACUGGCGCGUAACCAGGAAGACCCUGAAGCCGAUUUCUUCUACAACAUCACGCACAUCCAGGCCCACCGCAGACGACGUGCUCUUCAGCGUCUCAGUGCCCUCAUGGACUCCAUGGCUGCCAAGGCGAAGGACCAAGUUGAAGGCGAAGAAAGUGAGGAACCUCAGUGCUUCUCGAACUCGACGGUGAAUGGUGUGAUCUUACCGCUGGUGCUGCACUUUGUCUACGAGACACACGCGAAGAGCCAGGAAUCUCUACGUGCUGAAGCCGCAGCUUGUGUCGGAAGUGCUGCUGGGCUUCUGGGCUGGUCGCACUACCUCUCGCUUCUCCGCAGACUGCUCAAGUCGAUCGAUGGUCACGUGGAGAUGGAAGGCGCUAUCAUUAUGUCUAUUUGCGCCGUGAUCGACCACUUCCACUUCGCAGCUCCAGGUGCUGCCACUCAAUGGCAAACACUAAAGCAAAUGGCUAGUCAGCCAGUCGAAGCUGACGAUGAGGAUGAAGAAGACGAGGGUUCUUCCAAGGUUCAGGGCAACAUGGAGACGCAGGUGCUUCCGAUGCUCUAUUCAUACUUGUUCAAGGGUGUGGCUUCGAAGAAGAGUUCCAAGUCGCGGGACGAUGAUGGAGAAUCGACCUCAGUAUCUGAGGAAGCCGUAUCGGUUCGUGUGCCUCUGGCGCUUGCAGUCGUCAAGGUAUUGCGUCGACUGCGUGCUGAGACGUUCCAGCGUGAGCUGCCCAAGUUGCUGCUGAAGUUCGCGAACUUACUGAAGAGUAAGGAUGAAGCUGUGCGUGUGUCGGCCCGUACGACGCUCGUUCGCAUCGCUGUGGAACUUGGCUCGAGUUUCCUUCUGCCGAUCGUGGAAGAACUUCGUCACACGUUACGUGAUGGCUACAUGGUCCACGUGUUGUCCUUCACUGUGCAUGCAUUACUGGAAAAGUUACCGGAAAUCAUGCAGGCAGACGGAAAGACUGGCGUACCCAAAAAGCCGCAGUCAUUGCUCACACAGAGCAAGCAGCAAGAGGCUGAGUGUGAGGCUGAGUUUGCAUCGCCGUUGGAUGCUUGUGUGCCUAGUCUGAUGGAGAUCCUAGCCGCAGAGUUGUUCCAGGGCAUGACGACGAUCGGUGAGGCAGCAGAGGCUGCUGCUGGAGGCGUGGAACGUAAAUCUGCCCAAAAGUCCAAGAUGAAAGAGGCACGAGCGAGUGGAGGACGUAGUCUGGACUCUAUUGAGCUGUUGGCAAGAUCACUCCCCUUCCUACCCAACCCAAGCAUCCACGAAGUUGUGAGUGCGCUUGUGAACCGCUUCCAGGCCACCGACGCUGGAGCGCAAGCCACCGCUGCGUUACAGGAGGCACUCAAGCGUGUGGCCAUUGGACUUGCCAAGAACCCGUCUGUGGAGUCGUCCUACAUGUUCCUGUACGCUUACAACGUUCUCAACUCGAGUCUCGAGAGUCUGCGGCCGGCCACUGAACGGGAAAAGGAACAGUACGAAGCUGGCGGUAGCAGCACUGCGCUGGUGACCUCCUGGCUUGUAUCGGAGAAGAGUGCUUCUGCCACAAAGUUACUUGCCAAACGUGUGAGUUCCCUGGACACUGCACGCGUAACGAUGCAGCAGCAAGUGACCGGUUUUGACAAGAUGCGUCAACAGCAGCAAAGCAAGACCAAAAAGCAAAGACGUGAGGAGAUCGCCGCUCUCCUGGCCGAGAGUACGGCACAUCUGCGAGAGCUGCUGAACUUUGCUGUUUUUUUGGUGUUCUCUUUCCUUCGCAAGAACGGCAAUACGAAGGACGAGGAAGAUGGCAAGAAGAACGUCAAUGCUCCGGCUCAACUUGUCGAUCCGCUUGUGCCGCUGUUGAUGCGCUGUGCAGGUGAAUCGAAGAACGACCGUGCAGUGAUCAAUGCGUUGAAGUGCUUAGGCUCGCUGCUUCCCCGUCAAACCGAACUUCCUGCUUUGAGGGUGGCACGUACGCCGCUUCUUGAUCGUCUCUUUAAGAUCCUGCAACAGGCUGGGGCUGCUACGCGCAACGAGAUGGUACAGACGUGCUACCGAACGCUUACUGCGCUACUCAGACAACAACAGGGAUUGGAGCUUGCCAAGGAGAACGGGACUGCAGAGAAGAACUCAAAAAGCGAGAACCUCCGACUUACAGAGCCUCAGCUGCGUGUGCUUCUGAGCUUCUUGCGUGCUGAUCUCGACGAGCAAGACCACCAGAAUGCGACGUUUGCUCUGCUCAAAGCUAUCGUGAACUCGCGCCUCGUGAUCAGCGAAGUGUACGACGUCAUGCUACGUGUUGGUGAGCUGUUGGUGCAGAGCGACGCCCCCGGCGCUCGUCUGAACUGUGCGACCAUCUACCAGACGUUCCUACUCGAGUAUCCGCUUGGCAACAAGCGGCUGUCUCGUCAUCUCAAGUUCCUGGUUGACAAUUUGAGCUACGGCCAUACCACUGGACGCUCUGCUGUGCUGGAGGCGCUGCGUUCGCUGCUGUCGAAGCUCCCUCAGGACCUCGUGAACGCUCGUUCCCAGUUUUUCUUCUUGCCGCUGGUGUUACGACUGGCGAACGAUGAGGCUUCCGAGUGUCGUGACCUCGCUCGUGCUGCGUUGAGCACAUUGGUGCGUCGUCUAGGCAACAAGGAGCUGAACGAGAGUAUUCUACUGGUAGGUACAUGGUGGACACAAGCCUCGAACUCGGAUACCGUGGAUGCAGUCAAGCUGCUAGGAACGGCGGCGCAGGUGACGACUUUAGUGCUGGAGACUCGACCCGAGUUUUUCGAGCGUAGCGCUCCCCAAGUGCUGCUCGCGGCCCGCUCAGCACUUGAGCGUCGUCAGCGUGAGCUUGAGACCGCGGAGGACAGCAACCAGGUGCGAUGGCAGCCGACUUACCACGUUUGCGUGACUCUCACUGCCUUCAGUGAUCAUCUUACCGGUCCUUACGAGCUCUGGCUGGAGGAAUCCAAGCCUACCAAGAACUUCUUGGAUGUCGUGAUGCUGCCGUUGCUUCAGUAUCCUCAUGCAUGGGUGCGUCUCGGUGCAACUCGGUUACUGACGUCGUAUCUGCGUCGUCGACAAGCCAGUACACUCACGUAUAAGGCUCCAGUCAAGCGGUUGUCUGGAGCCCUCGAACGUCUACACAACGGAGCCGUGUACCUGCAGCGUCCUGGACGUCUGUUUUCUUGGGCGAGUGCAUUCUGCAAGUUGCUCGAAGCUCCGGCAUUGAACAGUGAGCUGGCGGACGAAGUGCUCACUGCGUUGCCGUUUCUGUGCGAGGCGCUGGAGGCCACAGACGUUCCACAGGACGUGACUGCUGAGGCUCUGGUGGAUGAAGCGGAUGGAAACGAGGUAGCAGACGAAGAGGCUGAUGAGAAGGAAGUCGAGGAACUGCAGCGUCGUGAGGAGGAAGAGAAGAACGAUGAACGUGCCAAGUCGCGGACGCCCAUGGGCUGGCUGCUCACUCGUCUGUCGUAUGUGGCUCGUGGCUCGAGCUGCAGCAAUGAGGUCCAGUCUGUGAUAUUCAAGCUGUUCGCUGCUCUGUUGCACAACCACGACGCCGCCUUCGCUGAGAAGUACGUCGUGCAGUUCAUCAACCCGCUGUACCGCGCGACUAGCAAACUGGAGGAGCUACAAGCUCAGCAGGAGUAUCUGAUGUUGCAGAGACAGCAGAACCGCAACAAGAACCGUAAAAGCGGCUCCGCUCCGGAGCCUGUGACGCCGCCUGAGAGUGCGCUAUUGGCCCAAGAAGUGCUGCAGCUUCUCGAGCAGAAGCUAGGAGCUACGCCGUUCUUGGAGGCGUACUCGUUCGUUCAGAGGAAGAUGGCUGCACGUCGUGCUGCACGCAAGCUACAACGUCGCACCGAAGCCGUGUCGGAUCCGCAGCGUGCUGCUCAGCGACGCAUGCAGAAGAACGAGCAGAAACGCCGUACCAAGCAGAUGCGUAAGCGCAAACACGCUGUGCUCAAGGGCUCGACCUCUGCGGCAGUGCGUCCCACCAAGGUGCUUCGUCCUGGUGCCGAGUAAAUCCCAUUAGACAAAACUAGAUAGAGAUAAUUCCAUGUAUGUUUGAACUCCUU